AACCUAAUACAGGUGUAAGAAUUCACAUGCAGGUAAGUAGGUCAAGGGAAAGGACCACUGUAUUUCACACAUGACCUACAUAUGAACCAGCUCAGCAUGUUUACCCAGCACACAAUACACUAGUGCAUAGCAAUGCUUUUUCACUUUACUUCGGCCUGAGUGCAGCAAUCAAUACACAGACUAUGCGUAUAACCGUAAAGCUGCACACUUUCCUCCAGACGUUUCUUCCAAUAUCAGUCAAAUUCCAGAGAAUGAUUCAAAUAAGCCUCCAGGAUGUGUCUGACCAGGUAAAAGCUAGCAAGCGUCGGAAAGUGCAGAUUGAUCCUAAGAUGGCCGCUGACGUCCCAGAGGGAGUGUUGCUUGGGCUUGGAAACCCCCUCCUGGAUAUGACUGUCACGGCAGACGUGGAGUUCUUGAAAAAGUACGACCUGGAGGCCAACAAUGCCAUAAUUGCUGAGGAAAAGCAUGAAGGCAUGUUUAGAGAACUGACAGAAAAAUACAAACCCACUUAUAUGCCAGGAGGUGCCACCCAGAACUCUAUUCGUGUGGCCCAGUGGUUACUAGGGAAGUCCAAUGCAACUACUUUUAUGGGGUGCGUGGGACAGGACGACUUAGCUGAAAUCUUAAGAAACAAAGCUGCAGAAGUUGGUGUUAAUGUUCACUACCAGGUCAAUAAAGAUUAUCCUACAGGGGUGUGUGCUUCUAUUAUUACUGGUGAGAAUAGAUCUCUAGUGUCCAGUCUUGGGGCAGCAAACUACCUUAACGUGGACUUCCUGGAUGACCCAGAGACAUGGGCCCUGGUGGAGAAGGCUCAGUUCUACUACAUUGGGGGGUUUGUGUUUCCUGUUUGCACUGAAGCUAUAAUGAAAAUUGCCAAACAUGCUGCUGAGAAGAAAAAGACUCUUGUUAUGAAUCUUUCAGCUGGAUUUCUGUGUAGAUAUUUUGCUGAUCCAGAUAUUGAUAUAAUGCCUUACAUCGAUAUAUUAAUUGGGAAUGAGAAUGAGGCUGAGCGUUUCACAAGCCGCGCAGGAAUAGAGACUGAUGACCUAAAAGAGAUGGCCUCAAAGACAGUAGAUCUGCCAAAGAAGAACAAAGACCGUAAGCGAAUUGUCCUGUUUACACAAGGUAGAGACCCUAUGGUGGCUGCAGCUGGAGGGGAAGUCAAGGAAUACCCUGUAACUCCUGUGGAUCCCUCUAUAAUCAAAGACACCAAUGGCUGUGGAGAUGCAUUCAUGGGUGGUUUUCUGUCUCAAGUGGUGCAGGGCAGGCCUAUAGAGGACUGUAUUCGCUGUGGCCAGUAUGCUGCUAAGACUGUCAUACAACACUGGGGAUGCAACUAUCCAGACACACCAGACUUCAAAUAACAUGUACACAUAUGUAUACAGGGGCAUGCAUGCACAGUAAAAUGCAACUCCUCAAGAUUUGGAUUAAUUUAAAAGGCAAUCUAAAUAAAGAAAAACAAGAUGGGGAUUUUUCAAUGUAUGUUGGGUAUUACGGAUUGUAUUUCUCCUUUUAAAAAUGAUAAUUGUAACAAGCAGCCCUGGCUGGUCUGUCCAUUUAAAAUUAUUUGCAUUGUUCAACCAAAAUACACCAAUUUUCCUUAAAAUCAUUUGAUUACACCAUAAUCAUUUUAUAAAAUGCAUGCUUACUGUAUAGCUAGAAUUCUUGAAUCAUUCAUCAUUAAUUAAUAUAUUCCAGUGGAAUAGUCUGUGCUCCCGUUUAAAUUAAGUGAAGUUUUUAUUCCUGUAACUAGCAUAUUUUGUUUACUAGUAAAUGUUAAUGAAUGAGAAAUAG